AUGCCUCCUAGACGAAGCGUACCUGCUAGGGAAAGCAAUGAUGUCUCGGCGAUGGACCGUAUGGCCAUGGCAAUGGAACAGAUGGCUGAGUUCAUGAUGGCUCAGCAAGUUCACAAUCAAGCCCAAGUGCAACCACAGGUAGAUAUUACUAAAGCUAUAGCAAAUAGACGACCGCUGUAUUAUGCGGGGGAAGAAGACCCAGUGAUCCUAGAAGAAUGGAUCAGAACAUUUGAUAAACUGCUAAACGCUGUGAAUUGUCCUGAAGAGCAGCGAGUGUCUUCUGCAGUAUACUACCUGACUAAAGCUGCGGAUAACUGGUGGACAACGGUUGGACCUGAUCUUUUACAAGACCCAGGAUUUGGCUGGGAAGAGUUCAAGGUGGAAUUAAGAGGUCAAUUUUACACUGAACGAAUUAAGGGCAUCAAAUGUGAAGAAUUCCUGCGACUGAAACAACAAGGAACAACAAUGCAAGUUUAUCAUGACAAGUAUGUUGAGUUGAUGAGAUUUGCUCAGGACAUCGUACCCGACGAGGCAAGCCAGGCAAGGAGAUUUGUAAGAGGAUUAGACAGGGAAGUGAGAAGAGCGAUCACACCAUUUAUGUGCUCUACUCUCAAGGAAGCAUAUAACAGGGCGUCCGAUCAUUACCAGGUGUAUCUUGAUCAGCAAGCAGUCUAUGGUCGGAGCAAAAGGAAGGUCGAGGACAAGCAAGGAGAAUCUGAGUGGAGUAACAAGAAACCUAGCCAGGGUGAAUCCAACUCGAGGCAAGGAUAUUUGAAAGGAGAAACGAGCCAAGGGAGAAAUAAUACAUGCCGUCAAUGUGGAAGGAGUCAUCCCGGGGUAACUUGCCGUGGGGAGAAGAUUAGAUGCUACCAGUGUGGUAGGGAAGGGCAUACGAGGAGGUACUGCUCCGUUCGACCGAGCCACUACCUAAACCAAUCCCCGAGUAAGAACCAGGAAGGAGAAAUUGUCAGGAACCCGAGACAAGAACCGUUUGGAGCCAGCAAUACAGAGAACCAGGGCAGGAUCUACGUCGUUAAUAGUGCUCAGACGCAAGCUAGCGACGUCGGGACUGGUACUUUCCCUAUAAACUCCGUACCUGGUUUGGUUUUAUUUAAUACUGGAGCUACAAAUUCGUUUAUAUCAUCCUUAUCUGCCGAUAAGUGGAAAUCGGAAUCUUAG